GACGGACGAGCCCCGAUGCCGGGGGAGACAGAAGAGCCGAGACCCCCGGAGCAGCAGGACCAGGAAGGGGGAGAGGCGGCGGCGGCGGCCAAGGCGGCUCCUGAGGAGCCCCAACAACAGCCCCCUGAGGCGGCGGCGGCGGCGGCGCCUGCGGGGACCACUAGCAGCCGCGUGCUGAGGGGAGGACGGGACCGGGGCCGGGCCGCUGCGGCCGCCGCCGCCGCUGUGUCCCGUCGGAGGAAGGCCGAGUAUCCCCGCCGGCGGAGGAGCAGCCCCAGCGCCAGGCCCCCGGACGCCACCGGGCUGCAGUCUCAUGCCGCGAAGCCCCAGUCUCCAGCUCAGGGCAAGAAGAGUCCGCGACUCCUGUGUUUAGAAAAAGGAACAACAGAUAAAGAUCCCAAGGAAGAGAAAGAGGAAGAAGAUGAUUCUACCCUCCCUCAGGAAGUUUCCAUCACUACAACUCGGCCUAGCCGGGGCUGGCGCAGUAGCAGCAGGACAUCUAUCUCUCGGCAUCGUGACACAGAGAACACCCGAAGCUCUAGGUCCAAGACUGGUUCAUUGCAGCUCAUUUGCAAGUCAGAACCAAAUACAGAUCAGCUUGAUUAUGAAGUUGCGGAAGAACAUCAAUCUCCAGGUGGCAUUAGUAGUGAUGAGGAGGAGGAGGAAGAAGAGAUGUUAAUCAGUGAAGAGGAAAUACCAUUCAAAGAUGACCCAAGAGAUGAGACCUACAAACCCCACUUAGAAAGGGAAACUCCAAAGCCACGGAGAAAAUCAGGCAAGGUGAAAGAAGAGAAAGAGAAGAAAGAAAUUAAAGUGGAAGUCGAGGUAGAGGUGAAAGAAGAAGAGAAUGAAAUUAGGGAAGAUGAAGAACCUCCUAGGAAGAGAGGAAGAAGACGAAAAGAUGACAAAAGUCCACGAUUACCCAAAAGGAGGAAAAAACCUCCAAUCCAGUACGUGCGUUGUGAAAUGGAAGGAUGCGGAACCGUUCUUGCUCACCCUCGCUACUUGCAGCACCACAUUAAAUAUCAGCAUUUGCUGAAGAAGAAAUACGUAUGUCCUCAUCCCUCCUGCGGGCGACUGUUCAGACUCCAGAAGCAACUUCUGCGACAUGCCAAACAUCAUACAGAUCAAAGGGAUUACAUCUGUGAAUAUUGUGCUCGGGCCUUCAAGAGUUCCCACAAUCUGGCAGUGCACCGGAUGAUUCAUACAGGCGAGAAGCCAUUACAAUGCGAGAUCUGUGGAUUUACUUGUCGGCAAAAGGCAUCCCUUAAUUGGCACAUGAAGAAGCAUGAUGCAGACUCCUUCUACCAGUUCUCUUGCAAUAUCUGUGGCAAAAAAUUUGAGAAGAAGGACAGCGUAGUGGCACACAAAGCCAAGAGCCACCCUGAGGUGCUGAUUGCCGAAGCUCUGGCUGCCAAUGCAGGCGCCCUCAUCACCAGCACAGAUAUCUUGGGCACUAACCCAGAGUCUCUGACACAACCUGCAGAUGGUCAGGGUCUUCCUCUUCUUCCUGAGCCCUUGGGAAACUCCACCUCUGGAGAGUGCCUCCUGCUAGAGGCUGAAGGGAUGUCAAAGUCAUACUGUAGUGGGACAGAACGGGUGAGCCUGAUGGCUGAUGGGAAGAUCUUUGUGGGAAGCGGCAGCAGUGGGGGCACUGAAGGGCUGGUCAUGAACUCGGAUAUACUCGGUGCUACCACAGAGGUUCUGAUUGAAGAUUCAGACUCUACUGGACCUUAGUAGAAGGGAAGACUUUAGGCACUGGGACAGCUCAGACUUUGUACUUAAAAGAUAAAAAGGACAAAAAAAAUUUAAAGCAUUUAAGAUCUAGUAAAUUAACUGAAGGGCCUGCUCUUUCCAAUGUGGAUCACAGCACACACACACACUUACACCCACCCUCACAUCUCCCUCUCCUGUCCCCCUUAUAAAAUUGAUGUUGCCUUUACCAGAAAGGUAGACAAAAAAUAAGAAGCUCUUAGAGUGAGUGUUGUCCUCAUGCUCAGUUCCAGUCAGGCAGACCUCCUGCUAUUAGCAGAUCCCCUUUUCCAACC